AUGGUGCUGUGCGGCGUGGUGGCCGUCCACGCUGGCGGCUGGAGCUCUGGCGGCUCCGGCGGCUACGGCUCCGGCGGCUGGAGCUCCGGCGGCUACGGCGGCGGCUACGGCUCCGGCGGCUGGAGCUCCGGGGGCGGCUGGAAGAGCUCCGGAGGCUGGCCGUCCGGAGGCGGCUACAGCUCCGGCUGGUCCUCCCCGGUCAUCAAGUCCUCGGGCUGGAGCAGCCCGUCCUACUCCUCGGGAUGGUCGUCUCCCGCCGUCAUCAAGUCCUCCGGCUGGUCCUCCGGCGGCGGCUGGCCCUCGUCCUCCUACUCUUCCGGCAGCUCCGGCUGGUCUUCCCCGUCGUACUCGUCGGGCUGGUCCUCCCCGUCCUACUCCUCGGGCUACAAGUCCUCCGGCUGGUCCUCCCCGUCCUACUCCUCGGGCUGGUCCUCACCGUCCUACUCCUCCGGCUGGUCUUCCCCGUCCUACUCCUCGGGCUACAAGUCCUCCGGCUGGUCGUCCCCGUCCUACUCCUCGGGCUGGUCCUCCCCGUCCUACUCCUCCGGGUCCUACUCCUCCGGCGGCUGGCCGUCUGCCUCCUCGGGCUGGUCCUCUCCGUCCUACUCCUCCGGGGGCUCCGGCUGGUCCUCGGGUUGGUAAACCGCCCCCCGACUGCAUCGAGCCGAACAGCCAUCCUCACCUCAUCUCAUUAUAACAAGUAUCGAGUGAAAAAAAAAAGAGUGCAGGUCGUCUUGAAAUUCAAUUCUUAUUUAUUUUGCGUGAAUUAAUUCCAUGCGAGUUCAUCGCAGUGUCCCUGUGUUCCAAACGGUGGGAAAUGAGUUACCAUUGUUUACCAUGCGUGUCCUUUUGUCAUGUGAUAGUCUUCAGAGUACCUGUGUAUAAAUUAUGCCUUACUUCGCACCAGAAAAAAAAUAAAAUC